CAAAGCGAGACAAACGAGGAUUCCGCUACACGCCAGAGCCGUGGCGAAGCGAGACGAGGAUUCAAGCCGGUUUCAGUGUGGUGCCGACAUCUCGGAUCCGGAACCGGCGAAUUCUGGAUUCUCUAAACCCUACCAUCGCCGUUCGGAAACUGUAAUCGAAUUCAGAGAACAACCAAAAAGAUGUCAUCAGAUAGGCGCGCUUCUAUGACCUCCUCUCCUGCUGAAGAAGACGCCCUGUUCCUUGAUAUAUUACACGAGGCCCCUUUAUUUGGUCAUCGUAAGCCUACAAGCAUCAUCGGGAGUAUAUUCUACUGUCUUUUAUUGGCAAGUUAUGCUAUUUUGGCUGCUGGAGCUCCAUGGAUCUUUCAUCCUUUACGGGCAUUAAUUCUACCACUGCUUUGCAGUUGUGAUGUUAUUCUUCUUAUUGUCACAGGCAUUUUCCAUCAGUAUUUUGUGUACCAGGUCCAGAAAAUACGAUUACAGGGUUACUAUGUUUUCAGCCAAAAGUUGAAGCAUAUUGCUCGCCUACCAUUUGCCACCAUUGCUUAUGGAACUGCUGCAAUACUGCUUGCCAUGGUGUGGAAGCCCUAUAUUAGUAUUCUAUCUAUCACUUUGUUGCUCAGGAUCAUCAUGCUGGUUGAAGUAGUAUGUGCUGGUUUUUUCAUGAGUAUUUACAUUGGCUAUGUACACCGGUACAAUUCCUUGGAUACUCAACCCGACGUCUUGAAGUCAUUAUAUUCUCCCCUUCAGCCAUCAAGUUCUUUGGAAGGAUUGAGAUAUCAUGAUGGUGGUCGGCUUGCUGAUCAGCAGAUGGCUUUAUUGCAAUAUCAACGAGAAAACCUUCACUUUCUUAGUGAGGAGAUCCUUCGGUUGCAAGAAUGUUUGAGCAAAUAUGAAGGAACGAAUAAUGCAAUCACGCCUCAGGUUGAUCUUGCUCAUCUUUUGGCAGCUCGUGAUCAGGAAUUGCGAACACUUUCCGCUGAGAUGAAUCAACUGCAAGAUGAGUUGAGGCUUGCUCGAUCUCUGAUUGCUGAGAAAGACACUGAGAUCCAGCAUGUUCGCAGCACCAACAAUCAGUAUGUUGAUGAGAAUGAAAGGCUAAGAGCUAUAUUAGGGGAAUGGAGUACCAGAGCAGCAAAGCUUGAGCGCGCAUUGGAGACCGAGCGGAUGUCAAAUUUGGAACUACAAAGGAAGGUAUUGGUGGUUAGAAAUCAACCAACACAUGAAUCAACCGAAACAACGUAGCAAGGCAGAGACCGGACGAUCGCAUUCUGUAAAAAUGUCUUUUCAUCCUCUCUAUAUCAUUAUUGCAUUCCACAUUUUGCUUUCAUGGUUGAAAGAAGCUGCAGAUUUUGUGGCUUUAGUUAGCAGAUGGUCCAGUGUACAAAUCUGAUGGGUUGUUUCUGUCAAAUGCUAAAUUAACUAGUAGUUGCUGCCAAACUUUCUCGGUUCCCUGUUUGUGGUCAUCAUGUCCUUCGCAUUAUUCCAAUGGUGUAGCGGCUUAAUACUGGUUAUAGAUGGGUGGAGGGCUUUGAAGGUGAAAAAAUACUAGCAAGUUAAUUAAAUUAGCAGAAAAAUGAUAUUUACCAUGCUCUUGGAUCUACAUUACACG